AUGGCCGAUGCAGAAGCCCCCGAGGGGAUCACCUCUGGACUGGGCCAACCCACCACGGCUAAUGCAUGGAAAGCGCCCACUUUUCCUCAAACCAGCAGAUUUGGCACUCCCUCUCGUGCUCGCCCUCGAAGCCGCCGCUUUCCUGGUUACAGUUCCACCUGCGGCGCAAACCCAUGCUCGUUCAGCAAUAACAACCAAAGAAGUUCGAACAAAAUACCAGGAGCGCAAAUAAGGGGAAAUAGAAAUAGCGCAGGAAACAACCGCAAUGCUGAUCGCCAUGGUUCCCACCCUCGGGAGAAGCAUAAAAAUACGUUACAAUACCGCACGGACAGGAUACAGUUACCGUACUUCAUCCAGCAGCGCUGUAACCAUGGAUCAUCCAACUUACAGUCUCAACUCCGGGGGUGCAAAAAGCACUCCUUAGUCCAAGGCUCGACCUUCACUCCUUCAACUACUCGAACUACUCCAUUUGAUACCCCCGUAAAGCCUCGAUCAGCUCCUCGAAUUGCCAUGAUCGUGAAUAUAUCUCCAGUGGCUCUCGAAAGUGCUGCCGCCGUAUUACGCACACCUCCAAAAUCCGAAUCGGAAUGGGAUGCCUGCUACGAAGGAUUCUGCACACUGUGCAGAGAACAUUACAUGCCACUCCUGGAACAGAACUCUACGGGGAAAUCCGACGACCCGCUUACAAAAUGGUGCCGGAUGGAGAAUGAUAACAGAGUACGGAAGAGCCUCAAGGAGCCCCUUGGCUUGCCGCGGAACCUCUUCAUCGACGCAGUCAAGGAGGCUUUUACUAAGAAAUCGUGCCUCUCGUGGCUGUUCAAUGAGAACUACGUGUUCGAUCUUACGGACGAAUACCGAAUUGCGUUCCACCUAGACAAUAUCUUCGAGGCCCCUGACUACAAUUCCGAGGACGCUGCCGAGAUCGACUUCGAUAAGGAAAAUGGCAUCCCUGCGGCUGCGAGACACUGGCUGGCGCCGGCGAACGAAGAUCAAGAGCCGACUUCGGAGCAGAGCGGGGAAGUGCUCCCGCGCGAUCUAUUCGCACUCAAGCCGAUUGAAAAUUCCGACGGCGUCAUCUUGUUGGGCCAACAGCUUGGCUACAUCGAGGUGAAGUUCAAAGAGGACAGCGAAGAAGGCCGUAGCGCCACCAACAACGGCCAGUGGACUCCUACGGGAAUCAUCGUCUUCCUCAAGCUGGACCCUGAUACGAGCAAGUCGGAGGGGUUAUUCUACAUCGAUUCUGCUACCAUCAGUAACUUCAAAAAAGGAAAGGCAGAGCGACAAGUAAUGCAGGGCUUAUGGCAGCUGGUGCACGAGCAUGGGAAGGUAGAUGUGGAAGGCGAAUCUCGGUUCGAGGCCUGCCGGGUAUUCAUGGACGACGACAAACUUUGGAUGGAUUGA